CUUUUUGGAAUACGGUUUCCCGUUGUUAGCACCAUAUCAAAUUUGGAUCGAGAUCUCCUGUAAAAGGUUUGACAAAGCCCUGCUUGGAAAUAAAUUAAUAAAGCCAUGAAGGUCCAGAAAGGGGGUUGGAGCUGCUGUGUGUUCAUUCUACUCCACAUGACACACACCGCUUGGACACAGAGGUUUCAGGUUAUUGGACCUUCCUCAGCUGUUACUGCUUUUGUUGGUGAAGACGUCAUCCUACCCGCCUCACUCUCACCAGAUAUCAAUGCUGAAGCAUUUCAAGUGAGCUGGUUUCAAGAUGCCUCUGAUUCUCCAGUACUUCUGUACAAGAAUCUCCAAAUCAGACCUGAGCAUCAGAUGCAGGCUUAUAAGGGAAGGACAGCACUUUUCAGAGAAGAGCUGCUGAACGGAAAUGUGUCUCUGAGACUGCAGGGAGUUCGUUUUUAUGACCGUGGGCUCUACAGAUGUUUUGUGGACUCUGGACCAUGGAGUGAUGAAGUUCACAUUACUCUGAACAUUGAAGCUUUAGGUGGCCAUCCCUCCAUUUCCAUCAGCUCUACAGAGAAUAAACAGACCAGACUGGAGUGCACAUCUGACAAGUGGGGCACCACACCAGACGUGACCUGGAGGGACAUGAAUGGAAUGGAUUUGACGCCUGAGUCCAAUGUCACUGAAGAGCUGGAUGGUGAGGGAUUUCUCAGAGUCAGGAGCUUCAUCCCCAUCAAGCAGGAGUUCAAUGUGUUCUCCUGUCUCAUGAGAAGUAAAGUGCCAAAGCCUGACUGGCAUUCAGGCCUUACAGUCUACGUUUUCUCCCUGGGAGUCUUAAGCUGGAUGGUGGUCUUCUGGUUAUCAUUGCUUCUUUAUAUGGCUGUGGCAGCUAUACUGAUAUUUCAAUGGAGGAAAAUGAGAGGACAUAAAGAAAGAUAUGAAUCCAAAGUUUACUUUCUACAACUCUGUCACCUGAGGAGGGAAAUUGAGAAGAUCAAAGCUCCAGUUACAGCUAUGAAGGUUUGUGUUGGUCUGACUUGCAACCCUGAGUAUUUGCAGACCAUUCCUAAGGUUCUCAGAAGUUACCGUCAUGAAGAACUCCUCAAGAUCACCGAGUACUUCAGGCCCUGCCUGGCCUAUCUGAUUAAAGCUAAGAUGACAAACAUCCUGGAGAGCCUGGUCAGGAAGAAGAUUCUCACCAAUGAUGAGGCAAAGAUGGUGAAAGCCAAAGAAGAGCCUGAGGCGACAGAAGAUGUGGAGUCCUUCAUCAGUGAAGUGAUGAAGAAGGACAAAAUGGCGUUAAUCAGCCUGUGGGAGGCGCUGGCUGAGCAACUUGAAACAUUCAAGUCUUCAAACCUCAUAACAUUAAUGGAGGAGGUGACAAAAGCGAGAAAGAAACUCUUAGAGGAGAUUGACACCAGAAACGAGCCACCUGUAUUUGACCCUCGUGCUAGAGACCUCCAUGAGACACACAGACAGGCUGUGUGUGAAUCCACAAGAACUCUGGAGGUUCAGGGUUCUCAUGGAUAUCCAUACACCACAGCUGUGGGCUGUGAGACACGAUACACAGAGUUAGUGGCCAUUAUACAGGACCCAAGAAACCAUAAGGAGACUGAACAUGAACUUAUGAAAACUGGGAGGUUUCAUGAAGAGCUCAUGAAGAAAGGAGCAGUAGAGAAAUGUGAACGAAUCUGGAUUGAGCAGCUGUUUAGGAAAAGUCCUGUAACUGUAAAUCCAGUCAAUAUCAUAGUGGUCAGUGGGGUGGUGGGAAUAGGGAAGACCACCAUGGUUCAGAAGAUCAUGUAUGACUGGGCCAGAGGCACUCGGUACCAGAGAUUUGCAUUUGUGUUCCUGUUUAAAUUUAGAGAGCUUAACCUCCUAGACAAUGAGAAUGAGCCACAAAUGUCACUGACCAAACUGAUUGAAAGGCACUAUAAAUAUCUCAGUAAUGAUCAACUGAAACACGUUCUGAACAAUCCUAAAUCUCUCCUUUUUAUAUUUGAUGGGCUGGAGGAAUACAAACUCAAACUGAACUUCACACAGAGUCGGCUCUGCUCAAACCCAGACGUUGAGGUGCCUGUCCACAUCCUGGUCACCAGUCUGGUCAGUCGGACAUUACUGAAGGGCUGUUCAGUCCUGAUAACAAGCAGACCAACAGCCCUGGAAGCCAUGGACAUGGAAAGAGUCGAUCGGUUUGUAGAGAUCCUGGGGUUCUUCCCUGAGCAAAGGCUGAUGUACUGUAAGAAGUUCUUUGGUGACGCUGCUCUGGCUGCUGAGUCUUUUCAGUAUGUCAAGGAGAACACCGUCCUGUACUCUAUGUGCUUCAGCCCCUCGUACUGCUGGAUGAUCUGCUCUGCACUGAAGAGCCACUUCAUGACACCUGAAAAAGCCAAAAGUGAAGCUCUGCAAGUAGGUCACUGGCUCUGUGAGACUCAGAAUAAGGAGUUAAUUAGAGACACCGUUGGAGAGGAGUUAACGAUGAACUUUAGAAACAUGACUUUAUCUGCUGUGGACUGUGCUGUGCUGGCCUCUGUCAUCAGCUGCUGUGGAGAACUUAAACAACUUGGCCUGUCAGAGAUACCUCUGACCCCUGAAUGCAUCAUGAGACUGGAGCCGGGGCUCAGCUGCUGCAGUGUAGUUUGCCUGGCAUCAUGUGGUCUCACUGAUAGAUGUUGCUCAGCUCUCUCCUCCGCUCUUUCUGCUCCAAACUCACAGCUGACUGAGCUGCUGAUGGGCAACAACGACAUGGAGGAUUUAGGAGUGGAACUGCUGUGUGAGGGGCUCAGGAGUCCAAACUGUAAACUGGAGCUAUUGUGGUUGGACUCUUGUGGUCUCACCUCUGCCUGCUGCUCAGCUCUCUCCUCAAUCCUCUCGUCUCCAAACUCACAGCUGACUGUACUGGUACUAUUCAACAACAACCUGGGAGAUUCAGGAGCUCAUCAACUGAGUGAGGGGCUCAGGAGUGACAACUGUAAAUUAAAAGAACUGGUGGUUUAUGAUAAUGGGAUCAGUGAGAGUGAGAAGAGGAAUCUGGAGUCGGUACAGGAGGAGCUGAACCGGUCUGGACGGCAGCUGACUAUUUACUCAUGAGAUGGCUCUAGUGAUCAGACUGACCCCCGUCAGUGACGGCACCCCCUGUCCACUCACCCCUAAAUUCUCCUCUUUCUUCUUUUCACACUAGAAUCCCUGAUGCCUCUGAAAAAACUUGUAGUCCCGGGCCACCUUAAAUUCCUUCACACCUCUACAUUACUGUCUUUUCUUUUGCAAAUGUGUCGAUCAGCACAAGCCGCAAGCAGCCUGUUAUCCCAUUUCCCCACCCCACCUCUGCAGAAAGGGCAAAACAUUCUCUCAGCUCAAGGCUUGUUUAUCUUGGUGUAAGGUGCCUGGAGUUGUAUUGGGUAAAUAAUAUAUCAUUAUUUGGAACACAAGCAUUUAAUAUGUGUUCUGUGUCUAGAAUGAUCUAUAUAAAUGUAGAAUGACAGGAAAUGUGAGAAAUGCAAAACAUGUUGAACACACACUUAAAACACACAUUUUUUUAUGUUCUAGUACUAAUGACAAAAUUAAAAAAUAUAACCGAAGAAAAAGAAAUCAGUUUAGGAUACAACACUGACAUGACCGCUUGAGUGGUGCAUCGGUAAGAACUGCUGACUCAUAAUCAAGAGGUCGUAGGUUCGCUUCCCAGAAUUAAUGUUUUGAACAGUGACCUGCUUUUAUAGUUACUACUAUACUAUUCCAUCUGAGCCCACAAGGCUCAGUUUUUAUUUUCAUUUUCUUUUAUAUUCUGUCUACUCUUCAUAAUCCCCUCUAGUCAUGUCCUCGUAGUGAGCAGCAAUCUGAACAAGUGAACCAUUGAAAACGAAUAAAAGAUGAGGAGCAUUUAGAGGAGUGUGGAGUUGGGAUGGGCUGGUGCCGUCCAGGGUGGGGUCCUGACUUGAUGUGGACAGACGACCACUGAGUGACCACCACCUGAAUUGAACUGGAUGGACAGACAAAGGGAAAUAAACUGACUAAUGAGCCACCUGCUGGAAGAAGGUUUUGUUUCACUCAGGGUGUCUGAAGAUAAACUUUUUUUUGUAGUUUCACUUUAUUUGACCUUUAGACCAGUAGGACAGAACAUUUAUGUUAUUGACAUCGGCUGCUGGCGCACUCAGUUGGGCUUCCAGCAUUUCACUGUCCUCUUGAACUGUAAGGACAAUAAACUAAUGUGGGAUGAUUUGGGGGAAUCGGGUUAUCUCUAGCAAGAGCAUCUCUCACCCUAAUUUGUGAAUGUUUGUCUUUAAUUCUAGUUAUGUACUUGUUUUUUGGGGAAAUACGUUUAAAUUGUUUUGCAUGUUAAUUUUUAAAUAUUUUUUUUUUCCUUU